GAAAAAAAGAGUAGCCAUUUUAGAAAAUCAAAACAUGAAAAUUUCACUUGCUGCUGUGUGUCCCAUCUCUUCGACGCGGUGUUAAAGUGUUUUUACUGUUUCAACAAAAAAUAUGUUGAUCAAAUGAAAUGUGGCUUCGAAGUGAAAGGAGAGAUCGUCGAUUGCGCUCAAGCAAAGCCCGCCUUGAAGUUAAAUUUAAGGUUUUCAAUAAAGUGGCAAGUUCUAAAGCUAAAAGAAUAUCAUCUGUCGAGCUUAAAACAUCCAACCGACUGUCGGCUGCUGGCUGCACCACCCGGUUACCCAAAAGUCGUUUAAAUAAGAAGAACGCAAAUCUUGUAUCAUCCGAUGCCUCAAAAGUGUCGGUAUGCGUUACGAAUGUGCAAAUUGAUAGUAAGGUUGAUGAUGCACAAUGCGAAAAAAAUAGCUCUAGAAGUCCUGAUCUAUGCAGGAAAUCAGUUACUUUGCCCCCGCUAAACCAUUCAAUUUCAGAGGACUCCAAAGAAAACCAAUUCUGGCAGGAAAAUGAUGAAAUAAUCAUAUUAGACGCAAUGACCACUUUAAGCAUGAAGACUAUUGAAGAUAUUUCAACCAAUUCGAACUAUUUGGGGGAGGUACCAUGCAGCAGCUCGAUAUUAAAUACAGCAAUAACGGACGCAGAAAUCGACCCGCAAUCAACUGAUAAAUGCAGUAUAUACAUCAAACAUGGAUCCGACGGUGGAACCAGCGAUUCUUUCUGUCCAAAAACCACAGAAAUGCACAGUACUACAGGACAAAAUCACCCUGAUUGUAAUAUAAACCCUUCUGGAUGCACUAUAGAUAGCAUAUUAGAACCAAAAGAGUCACACUCAUGUGCUCAACUUAGCGAUUCUAAGUGUAUAACUGAAUGCGAUAGUACAACUUCUGAACUGGAAAAUGAAGUUGGCCGAGAAAUUGCCGCUUUCAUUGCAGAUAAUAUGGUAGACCAAGUAUACUCACAAGAAGGAUCCUUAAAGCGAAAUACAUUCAUGUCUGACAACUCGCUGGCAAUCGUUAUACCUGAAGUAGAUUCUACCACCGAUACAGUACAUCCCUACAUCUCCGAGUGCAACACCACUCAAGACGAUAUCAAUUCUUAUCCACCGGAUAAGCCUGCUUUGCUUCUACAUAGGACCUCUUCUUGCAUGUCGCAUUCGUUGGCAUCAUCGUCAACCGCUGGAACUAUAGCUCCUUCAUUUUGUACUGCUCCAACGACUUCAUCCGCGUUACCAAAUUUUAAUCACGUAUCUUAUAAUAGCGUACCCUACCUUUCUGCCGGGUACGAAGUACAGCAGCAGCAGAUAAUGUAUAAUGGUGAAAACAAUAUAGCGAACGGUGAAUUGGAUGUAAGUUCAGAUUUUGUAGCAAUGUUUGAUGAGGAAAAUUCUAGAAACCCUGCAUUAACUGGACAGUAUAGUGAUAUUCCGUACAACGUUCUGCUCACACAAGCAUUCCUUUGCUGUAGUGAGGUUGGUGGUUUAAAUCUUACGGACAACCAACAAUAUAAUAAGAACGAAAUGUUUUCAUGCCUCAAUACUAAUAAUCACGGUGAACCUAGAAUGCUUAGUGCAUUCCAGAGUUCAUCAAUGCGAACAAAUUUGAGUGAAGGCACUGCCAGCACAUUUGCCAACAAUGCUUAUGUAUCUAAGAUUGAGCAUAUGUAUCACUCGGAUCAGCCUGAGGCUAGACAGGAAUCAUUAAUUUAUAAUUAUGACCGUAAUGAAGUUAUUCCAACCGGGCUUGGAAAAGACGAGGAUGCGGGAGAUAUGCAGCACAAUUCCAACGGUACACAAAUUGAGGAAUCAUCCAACGAGCAACAGGACGAUACUGCAUUUCGAGCCUUCGAUCCUUACUAUUUCAUUAAACACUUACCACCACUGACAAGUGAAAUUCGUUUGAAGUGUCCUGCCUUACCGCUCAAGACAAGAUCUAGUCCUGAGUUUAGUCUUGCAUUGGACUUAGAUGAAACAUUAGUGCAUUGCAGCUUAGUGGAACUUUCUGGUGCGAGUUUCAAGUUCCCAGUGAUAUUUCAAGAAUGUGAAUAUACUGUAUUUGUUCGCACGAGACCAUUCUUUCGGGAGUUUCUGGAAAAAGUGUCACGUCUUUUUGAAGUCAUUUUGUUUACUGCCUCAAAACGCGUUUAUGCUGAUAAACUUCUGAAUCUUCUGGAUCCAGGGCGUCGACUUAUAAAAUAUCGUCUAUUUCGUGAACAUUGUGUUCUAGUCAACGGCAAUUACAUCAAGGAUUUGACAGUACUUGGGAGGGAUCUUUCAAGGACAAUAAUUAUAGACAAUUCUCCUCAAGCAUUCGGAUAUCAAUUGGACAACGGAAUUCCUAUUGAAAGCUGGUUUGCAGAUCAAAGCGACUCUGAGUUGAUGAAAAUUUUACCGUUCUUGGAGCGACUAGCCGAAAUGCGUGAAGAUGUACGACCUCACAUUCGAGAAAAGUUCAGACUAUUUUCUUACUUACCACCCGAUUAAUAUAAUAUUAUGAUUUAAAAUCGAUUAGUUUUAGUCGUGCCGCUUCUAUUCAAAGACUAAUAUAUCAGUGGUUCGAUUUGUUAUUGUUAACAACAUUAUUGGUGUUUAUUGCAUACAUACCACAUUGUUCAAAUAAACACUGGGCGUCGAAUAGUGGUAUCAUUUA